AUGCUUUGUCAAAAGUACCCCUCCAACGUGAAGAAUGGUAAAAUUAUCCUUCGCUAUACGCUGGUUGGUCAAGCCUACAGAAGAAUCAGAAAUGUGAUCUUGACUAACCAAUUGGUAAUGGAGAAAAUCAGUAUUCAGCUAGUAGAGAUCAACCAAGCGACCCUAACAAGAUGGUAUGUAGUAGUACCCAAAUAUUGUAGGCACAUAGAUUUAUAAACGUGAGAAUAUAACGUUGAUUAUGUUGUUAUCGUUUCUUUCUCAAUAGGCACAACGAUCGUUCCAAACAGCAAGAGAGGGAAGUGUUGGAACAAGGUCUAUGUGUAUGAUGUAUUAUUUUUAAUUCAAGGAAUUGUUUUCUUUUCCCUGUUUCAGAUGAAUUACACUUAAUUAUUAAAGAUUUUAGAUUUACCAAUAUCACCAUGCACUAGGAGCCUUCUUUCAACAAGCAGUGCUGCACCUGUAUCUUCACGAGUAAGUACGCAACUUUAUAAUAAUUUUAAUAGUGACACAAAAUCCUAAUUUCGUUUAUUUUUUACCACAGGAUUGCGUUGGUCCUGACAAUGUUUCCGGGUACGGGAAAGUCCACAAUCUGGCCGCCUAUCUUCUCGGACUCCGGGAUCAACAAAGAAAAUUCGACAGCAUCCAAUCAGGUACCAAUGUGAAGCUGUGGUCUCUGAUGUCGGAGUUCGACAAGAGGCCCACCGUUUUCGAGCCUCGGUUCAACCAAGAAUCACCAUGAGGGAGGUUCAAAUCGUCGAAAUCUGCGCUUGUACCUGGCGUAGAAGUGGCACUCGACGGUAAAUGCUAAAACAAUACACACUUUAACAUAAAAUUACAGAGAAAUUGUAUUUAAUGGAGAUUUAUUUCUUUUUCUCUCUUUUCCAGUAGUUUUCUUGGAAAAAAUUCACGACCAGCGCAACGACCAGAUGCGAAUCGUUAUAUGGAAGCGGUCGUCGAGAAACUGUGCAACAUCUUUCCCGCCAAUACGACCGUAGAUGGAGUGUGCAUUUCAAGAUGGUCGCUCAUCCAAACCUCCUACCAACACAUCCGUCCGCUGGUCUUGAAAUGCUCGACAAUCAUCACCAACACUGGGAUUCAACUGGUUGAUAUCAAUCAGGCCACGUUGACUAAUUGGUAUGAAUAUGCAGUAAAUCGUAAUUUAGACAGAUAUUUGUACUAUAUUUUAACCCUGUGUAUUUCAAUACAGGUUUAAUCAAAAGUCAAAGAAUGAAGAGUGAACAAUUUUGGAGCAGGGAUCACCCUCGUGCCUCCACCCAUGACUUCCUCCGAAGCACUACCAGCUGCACUUCAUCUUCCUGUCGAAAUAGAAAGUGGAACAGGUUAACGGCACCAAUUUACCUUUCCUGUUAACGCCGCCGGUAGAGCAAAGCAAUCUAGAAGACCGAUCCUACCACGUCCCUGUGUACAGGCUCACCCUGCACCCAUAAUUCCUGCUCCCAUUGCUGCUAUUCAAACUGGCUCAAUCUCAGUUGAGCAUGAACAGCAGGUCCCUAUACCCUCAUCUACCAUGGCAUAUCGGAGGAAGCGGCAGCAUCUAGAAGAGACGGGCGAUGUGAAGGGGCCACGGUACAAGAGAAAAACCGGAACGACGUGUGGUCAAUGUGGAAUGGAAAGAGUGGCCCCUUCACAUCGUCAGUAUUACGGUAAAUGGUGGUGCGAGACUAAAGCAGAUAUGCCCUAUGACCAGUGGGUUGCUGCUCAUACGGAACAUCACAGCAAGGACAAGAAUGCGUGAUUGCGUUUUUGUUAAUGAUUAUGAUUAAUAAUUACUGUAUUGCUAAAUUACACGUGUUUUCAUUAGGGAAAUUCCCUAAUCGCACAGGAAAACCCCGCGUAUUUCUCUUGCUCGUUCUGCGCAUGUUCGCAGGGUCAAUUUGGAGGGUUGAGACAGAGGAGAACAGGAACAAUUUUUUGCGCUAAAAGAACGCUGAUGUUCUCGGUUAACUUUUGGAACCUAAGUUCCAAAAGUUAGCCAAUCAUGGCGAUUCAGUUGAAUUUUUGAAAAAGUUCUCCAAGUUUAUUGGUCGAGCCAUUAGUAAUUCAUGAUUUUCUUUUUUAUUUCUAUAUUUACCGUAGGUGGCGUUACUUUGCCUGUUCUUCGCUGUGCUCGUGGCUCCACAUCUCUGGAAUCAUUCCAUUUACAUGUAAAUAAAUUUAUUCCAGGUAAAAGAUCACCAGGCAUGUUUCGAAUAUUGCAACGUUGCACUUGUUGCAACGAAUAUCUAUUAUAUUUUUGUUCCUUUAAGGAUUCAGUGCCAACGACGUGCACUUCCAAGCGUACCUUUUGGAGGGAUUGGCGGGUUGGAACAAGGAUCGAGCUGCGUCGGUUGUUGGCAGUAGCACGACGACGUACGACAGUCGUUUGGUUUUGGCUAUCAACCAGUUAAGCCAGGGGGUUCUUGGAAAACCCAUGAAUGCCAGUUACUCUGUUCCAAACAAGUAUACGGGUAAAUACUUGUAAAACUAAUUGUUUAUAUAAAACGCCGCUUGUUUGUUUUGUCUUCCCAAAAACAAACAAUGACGUGUGGAAUGUGAAAUUUGUUUGUUUUAGGGGAGAAAAUCGGGAUAGAGUACCUGUACUCGCAGACAGGAAAGGUCCUCCAGGAAGUAGAUCUAGACGAAGAAGAGGACAAAGAAGAAGACGAAGAUACUGACGAUGAAGGAUUUCAUGUACGAAGUCUCCGCAUAAGUAUCUUAAUUUUCAUUUUAAUCUUACUAAUUAAUGCGCUGUAACCUUUAUUUAGGAAACGGACGUUAUAGAUCGAACGAUCUUCGCGGUGGAAAACGACAUCGUCGAAGAAACACCUCCUGACGAAACUCCUCAAGACGAAAUUCCUCCAGACGAAAUUCCUGAAAAAACCUCGAGUUUGGAGCAAGAUGACGUAAAUACUGUAUUUCUUGCGAAUUACUCCUACCCCCCUCUUCGCAACAUAUACAUAUAUAUAUAUAUAUAUAUAUACAUAUAUAUACAUAUAUAUAUAUACAUAUAUAUAUAUAUAUAUAUAUAUACAUAUACAUAUACACAUAUACACAUAUACACAUAUACACACACACACACACACACACACACACACACACACACACACACACACACACACACACACACACACAUAUAUAUAUAUAUAUAUAUAUAUAUAUAUACAAGCAUUUACUUUCUUUCUAUAUAGGAAUCUGCUGGUCCAGAUGGAGUAGAGGGCUAUGGGAAAGUCGCCGCUUUAGCAGAGUUCCUUCUCCAGCUAGAGAUUUGUUCAUCUUUAACAAAUGGACAAGCUCAGCAGGUGAUUGAACUCUGGUCAAAGUUGUCAACUUACGACAAGAAAGCGGUGACAUUUUCACCUCGUCAUCGAAGAAAGUUGACGCAGGGAAGAUUCAAGUCGUCCAAAUCUUCAACAACCGUUCCUGGUGUUGAUAGUACUAAAAGGUAAGCAAUUACAGGGGAAUUAUUUCAUAUCCCUUGAAUUCUCUUCUCAACAUUACAGUUUGUCUACUUUUAAGAUGUUUCCUUGGUCAAAACAGUGGGCCAGCAAAUCGACCGGACUCUAACCGUCACAUGGAGUCGCUUUUCACCAUGCUGUGUGAAAAAUACCCCGCCAACGUAAAGAACAAUGGCAAAACGAUCCUUCGCUAGACCCUGGUUGGCCAAGCAUAUAGGAAGAUACGUAAUGUGAUUUUGACCAACCACUUGGUCAUGGCGAAGACAAAUAUCCAGCUGGUAGAGAUAAAGCAAGCGACGUUAACAAGAUGGUACGUAAUAGUACCCAAAUAUUGUAGGCACAUAGAUUUAUAAACGUGAGAGUAUAACGUUGGUUAUGUUGUUAUCGUUUCUUAAUAGGCACAACGAUCGUUCCAAGCAACAGGAGAGAGAAGUGUUAGAACAGGGUCUGCCCACUAUAGAGGCAACAGUGACAACUUCUAAACCAAUACCUGCCAUCGUUCCCAUACGACCGACAAUGCUUCCCGUUCCGAAUAUACGAUCCCCUCACCAGUUCGUACUACCACAAAACACAAUCGGGCAAGCACGGACACGCCCACAACCACAUAUUCAACCACCACAUAUUCAACCACCACAGAUACCCCAAUUUCAAAUUAAUUGUUCCACCAUCGCCAAUUAUAAAUCCCCCUCCCCCCAACAAUUCACAACAGCACGAAGAGUUAUCGGAAGAAGAAAAGCGAAGAAGCACUGGCUCGCGAAUACCCGCGACGAUAUAAAGAGAGAACGACCCCAGCUAAGUGUUCGAAAUGUGGCCAGGAUAGAACUGGUGCACAUAAACAAUAUUACGGAAAUUGGUAUUGCCCUACCAUGGGCCAGACUUACGAACAGUGGCGCGAGAAGUUUGGUGAUAAAUAUAAAAAAAAGAACAAGUAACUCUUUAAACACCUAAAAUACCAGGUUUUCGUAUAUAAAUAUUUUGUAUAUAUCUAUGGGAUCAUUAUCUUUUUAAUAUAACAGCAAUGUCGUGCAUUACAGCGGCAUUGCACCAUUUUCACGGGAUUAUUUUAUACUUUCCAUUGUCUUACAUUUUAAAUAUCCCGCGCGCUUGGGGAUUCCCCUAACGCAGGGAAAAGCCCUUCUUCUUCCUUCUGCGGGGGUUCCGCAACAGAGAAGAUUGCGCCCCAUUUUUGCCACUUAAAGACCGCCGAAGUUCUCGGUUGACUUUUGGAAGAUUCUUCCAAAAUUUAGCCAAUCAGAGGGCAGUAAAACAAGAAAUACAAGAACAACAUAAUAUGUAAAGAACUACAAGAACUACAUAAUAUAACAAGAACUACAUUUAUUGGAUGCAUCUUGAAAAUCCUGUGGUGAAAUGUAUCAUUCUGGAUAUUUUGUCCAAGCAUCUACAAAUGGCUUACCCCCAUUAUCAGUUGAAUUUGUGAACAUCUUUUUAAUUUAUUUUUAAAUACAUUUCAUAAUUAUAGAUUGUCAGGACACUUACGGGAAAGGCUGCGUUUUCGGCAUCUUGGAUGACGAAUGUCGGCAAUGAGUUCGGUAAAGUGUUGAUCAGUGUCCUGACCGCUUCUGAAGGAAGCGGCCUCGCCCAAAUUACCACCGCCCUUGUUGACCGUUACAAGACGACGAACAGGAUAAAGAUGAAGAUGAGGACAGAUAUUUUUUAAUAUUAAGGAAAAGACAGAAACCGAACAAGGUCAGCUUCCAAAGCAGGGUGAGGUUUACCUUCUUGUAGGUGGUCCUCCCUGUCAAGGGUAUAGAGGUCUAAAUCUUUAUCGAAAUGGGGAGAAGACAGAAACCGAACAAGGUCAGCUUCCAAAGCAGGGUGACGUUUACCUUCUUGUAGGUGGUCCUCCCUGUCAAGGGUAUAGCGGUCUAAAUCUUUAUCGAAAUGGGGAGAAGACAGAAACCGAACAAGGUCAGCUUCCAAAGCAGGGUGAGGUUUACCUUCUUGUAGGUGGUCCUCCCUGUCAAGGGUAUAGCGGUCUGAAUCUUUAUCGAAAUGGGGAGAAGACAGAAAUCGAACAAGGUCAGCUUACACUUCGAUGUAUGGGAGGAUUUUGAAAAUUGACUCCACCAAAAAGAUCACCAAGAAGCUGCAGGGAGCCAAGGGCAGCACUGCAAGCUGGGUCACCAACGUGGGUAACGAGAAGGGGGAGGUGUUGAAUUCCAUCGUUACAACAACUGAGAGCAUGGGGUCUCUACAAGUAAUGGCCGAUGGCCUAGUCAAUAGGUUUUCACGAGCAGGUGCGACUCCACCUGUGCUUAUUUACACCGACCGUGAGUGUUGCAGCACUCUGCUUGGGAAAACCUGUUGGUUAGGCUGGACAUCUUUCACUUUAUGAGACGCCUUGCUGUGGGCGUCACCAGUGACAGCCAUCCACUAUACUCUGUGUUCAUAGAGAGUUUGUCGAGGUGCAUAUUCGAAUGGGAUCAGCAAGACCUUGAAUCCCUAUAUGCGGCCAAGAAAUCCGAACUCGUCGGGAACGGCGUUAAGAACCCGUCGUCCGAGGCCGUGAGGAGUGCAGUUGGAAAGAAAGAACUGGCUCAACACUGUCGAAGACGCACCAGGGGUGUUGAGACCACCGAGUCGUUGCUGGACUCGCUGUUUACCACCAUGGCAACAGCAACAGACGAGCUGGGGGUCCCCUUAUUCAGGGAAGAAAUGAUGACGGAGUUCUGGCCCGAGCAAAGAAGGCACAUCCCGUGCAUCCAGGAUCCACCCGGAAUACAACUGUACACCGAGGUUGGCCAAAUUAAGAAGGGAGGUAAAAGCCUUCCGGUGUAUUUCUAUAUUUUUAUUGCCAUAUUCAUUAUUCUAUCGGUAAUUUAAGGAUCAUCAGCAAGCGGAGUGACCUUUUAGGCAUACCUCAUAGAGGGAUUGGCACGGUGGAACAUGCAGCGCUCGGAGGACAGCAAAGUGGGUGUGGAGAAAUGUAACUGAUAUUAUUGUAAUUCACUUUAGAGCCAUGGUUGGUGGGAACUCUGGUCCUGCAACGGCAGUCGAUACCAGCCCUAUCGUAGAAAGCUUGUGUAAGAAGCUGGAAAGUGUCUUCAACAGCCCGCAGAAGAAGGAAGGCUAGACCAUCUCCAGGUGGCGAUUAAUCCGUGGGGCCUACCACCGCAUACGGGAAUUGGUCACACUAAAUGAUCGAAUCAUGGAAAACACAAACAUUCAGUUAUAUGAACUGAAUCAAACAACGUUAUUAAAAUGGUAUGAUCUUAUUCUUAUUAUUAUACAUACUAGUUUAAUAGGCAAUAUCACAAUAAAUAUCAACAAACAAACAAACAAACAAACAAACAAACAAACAAACAAACAAACAAACAAACAAACAAACAAACAAACAAACAAACAAACAAACAAACAAACAAGCAAGCAAGCAAAACACACAUUUUAAAUUCUACUAUCUAUCUUAACCAUCUAGGUGGAAUGAUCACCAGAAGAAUCUGGAAGAAAGAAUUCUGACACAAGCAAUACCGCCAUCACCACCAAAGACAGCGUUAAAACCACUCCGACCAGCAAGACCUCUCCUUCCGAAGCCUAUUCCAACACCACCACCCCCACAUACAUUCCCAAUUCCCACAGUGCAACCACUCCCCCAACUGCCACGACCUAUCCAGUUAUGCUCUCAACCAGAGACAUCAACACCAUUAUACAAUAGUCCCACCAAUAUUGAAGUUCCCAAAAGCACCCAAUAUUACCAAAACAAAAGAAGACGAGACACAGCCAAAUAA